CUUCUGGUACUUCUUAUUGCAUUUUGACUGUAAUUGUUUCAGCUUCGUGGUUCACUUUUUGACAAGACAUAUUUUUCCACAAUGGAGCAUUUCAAAAAGCGAUACUUUCUCGUUCUGGUUGGAAUUUUGGCGGUUGUGACAGGAACCGCGCCGGAUAUGCAUGCAUACCCACAGUUUGACGGCAGACAGAUGACCAAGCUAGAAUGCACCAAUCGCCCAAGGAACAGAUGCUUUGAUGACGGCACCUGCUUAUAUGGAAGCAUUUUGCAGCAGAUUGUUAGAAAAGUUGAACAGACGGUGGUCUUUUUGGAGUGUCAAAAUAACGCCAGUGUCCAAGAGUUUCUGGAUACAGCCAGCAAUAUAGCUGCAAAUAGUCCUAACCGAGCAGUCGUGCUUCACCUAACUGGCAAGAUCACCAACCAGACGUUUGCGAAUAUCGUGGAUCCGAUAAGAAACCAGGUUACCGAAUUGAUCUUUGACGAUAGUGAAAGUCGGCGCGAAAAACAUGCCACGUCCAAGAUCGGUGCUCUGCCGUUAAUGUAUCUGCUGUACUUGAAGUUCGCGAACGCUCGUGAUCUCGUAAUCCAAAAGCGGGACUUCCUGAACUUUGCUUAUUUGCGGCGGCUGGAGUUUUAUUUGUCGUUAAUCGCAUCCGUCGAGCGCGACACGUUCACCAGCCUGCCCCUUCUGCGCUCGUUUCAGCUGGAGAGCGGCAUGGAAGACCGUCUUGGAUACCCUUCAGACGAAGUGAUUAUUACUACGGAAAGCCUGGCAUGUCGCGAUCCAGACUCAUUCUACCUUAACCCCUUGCGCUGCAACUGUACCUAUGUCUGGUUGCGAAACUGGCUGAAGGCCAAUCCCCAUCUGCUCAAGGAACGGGCCGAAGGAGAACUGUAUAUCAUCGGCAACCACCUCAGUGCGAAGGCCAGAAAGCAGCCCGUUAUUCUAGCUGCUAUCGGUUGCUCAUAAGUCAUAGUGUCCCCGCUCUGGCGUUUGCGAUUUGGUUUUUACUUGUUUUAAUGCUUACUGGCUACUGCUAUCACUUUCUGCAUAACUAUUAGCUAUUUAUGUUUCUGCACGGUAUGACUCACAAUUUAGCCGGUGACUUACUUAUUUCUUGUCCCGCAUCGUGUACUACGCGCAUGCAGUGAGACAAGUAAACAGUAGUUAGUGUUUAGCAUAACUGCUUUAGUGCGAUGUGUUGAUUGGCACAAGUUAAUCUAUUGUUCCACAUUCAUGAUAUUAUACACUUAUUAUACACUUGAUACACACUUGAUUCGAUGAGAUGAUCGUGUUUCCAUGUGCAGAAAUAAUGGGCAGAUUGCGCCUAGGCACUC